AUGGCGAAGAAGGCAACGAAGAUCAGCGGGCCUGCUGCUCGCAAGACGAAGGUCGUCGGAAUCAUUCAACAGGGCGGUGGCGAUCGAGCUACCGCGGCCUACAACGAGCUGAUCCACAAGGACCAGGCGGGACUGGGCAAGGUGGCGGGCCAGAUCCCAGAGGACAAGCAGUUGAGAGCCAUCCAGAAGCUCUUGACGAAGAAUAAAAUCUCGUGGACCCACGAGCACCAGCGGCGCACCUCGGCUGCCACUGCUGUGACCGACGGAUCCACGAACACCACGAAGGGCAAGGGCAAGGGCACCGCGGCCGUCGAGCCGCAGCCCAUCGCCUUGGACGAGCACGACUGGUCCAUCCCCAUCGCGCAGGCUCCCAAGAAGUUGCCCGACGGCACCUACGAGUCCUCCGUCUCCCUCCACAGCAUGGAGGAUGCGGAGAAGUGGUGCACGGCGUUACGGCGCCAGAAGGAGCCGCGCGCCAUCCUGGCCAUCGGCGCGGGCAGCGACAACUGGGCCCAUGCGAAGAUCCAGAUUCCUGUUCUCAGGGUCCCCCACGGCACCACAAACCCGCGGAAGACCUUCAUGAACGGCGUCAUCUACCAGUUCGGCGAGACCGAAGUUACUAUGAAGACCAAUGUCGCGCAGCUCAGCGAAGCGGACGGCAACGCGACCUUCAUGCGCAUCGCCAUCCACGAGGCCGACGCGCUGCUCGUCAACCCCACCAUGAAUGAAGUUUUCAGCAGUCAGUUCAGUGGCGCUGCUCCUGUCGUCGUCGGCGGGCAGCGCAAGGACAAGCUGGGCAGCACAGCCAACGAACGUUGGAAGACGGCUUGCAAGUCCGAUGCUAAGAUCUCCAUGGGCAAUGGGCUACGCGACGUCAUCAAGUCCACCAUGCAGGCCAUAUGCCCCGAGAUCCCGCUCCUCGACGAGCCCAGCCGCCUGCUACGAGCAGGAGGUCAGGCAGGUCAACGCAUCCUGGGUGCCGUGAUUGCCAUCCCAAAGAACCAGGAGGACGCGCUCCUCAAGUACUCAGGCUACCAGGGCAUCGCUUCUACUUUCUCGUACCUCGGCGUCGACGCUGAGAAGCAGGAGACCGACAAGAAGAAUAUCCACACCGUCUGGUUCAACAAGACCAUCUCCAUGCAGGAGGCCUACAGCCUCUCCAAGUCCCACGAGGCCGCACUGGGCGUCACGAAAGGACAAGUUGCGGACGCUGCUCAAACAGUAAGUUGGACCGCCGAUAUCGUCUACGUGGGCUUCGACAUCAACGAGAAGACAAAGUUCGCCAUCGCGCGCUCCGACACCGAGCCGACCAACAAGUACUGGAAGUUCGGCACUACCACGCCUUGGGUCGUCACCGAGCGCCUACGGUCGUCCUCGCCGCCUCCCUCAACGCACAACCACCACCUGAUCAACCUGCUGGCAAAGUACCUGCUGCACCAGAGGCUGCCGCGCCUCCCUGGCUUGCUGCGCUUCAAGGGGCCCCACCAGAGCAACCUGCUCCGCGAGGCGCAGCUCGACAAGCAGGACACCGCCACCACCUCUCUUGGCGCCGAGCUGAACGACUUUGCUCAAAAAACGGAUGCUGCCGUCACCGGGAUCAAGCAGGCGAGCGUGGCACCCAACAACACCAUCCAGUUGAACCAGUCCCAGCUCCAAGGAAGCUUGGCCGCCAUCCCCAAGAAGAUGAAUCUCCAGGAGGAGCGCGCCGACGCCCCCUGCAAGAAGACGCCGCGCACCAGCGACGGCGGCAAGGGCAGCAAC